AUGGCCAGCAAAGAAGAGGCCAGGCCAGCGGGCGAGCAGGCUCCCACUCAGCCCAGGCAAGCCCCGGCUUUGCCGGAAGCGCGCCCAGAGGCUCUUGCCCCGCAUGGAGGAGGAGAAGUGGGAGCCGGGCCGCAACGGGCGGAGGGAGACCCCUCACAGACCGCUGCAGGGCCCAGGGCACCACAGCCGACCCGGCCAGGGUUGGAAGCUGGAGAGCCCUUACCGCCACCGCGACAGACGCCAGGGGAGGAGGUAAGCCAACCCCCCCCUGCCCAGCUUUGCUCUCUGGGGCCUCCCCAGGGAGCCGGGGGCCACAGACACCUCUGUGCUCCCCCAAAGAACGAGCGACGGCAUGAAGGGGGGCCGCUAGGCCAUGCGGCGACAAAUGGGGGCCGCCAUACUGGCGACUCGGGCCGCGAGUCGGCCAAGCAGGCCGAGACCAUGCCUUCCCUGGGCCAGCGGGGAGAGCCAUCAUGCCGCUCCUCUUCUAAUUCCGCCUAUCAUGGGUCCCCUCGAGAGUCCACGUCCCCAGGUGACCUUCGGGCACAAAGCCCCCUAGUCUCCCAGAUCCAAGCCCAAGCCACUAGAUCCAGAGGAUCGCAGAGACAGGGUUCACAGUCGGAUUCAGACUCCGACAGAUCUCAGGACUUUCGCCCCCCAGCCAAGAGGGCCCGAUAUGCAGCCCAAUCCAACAUCCGAGCUCGAUCUCCCUCACCCCACUCCUCGGAGGACGAAGGCCCCCCG